GCAUAUGCCAAGCUGAGGAGUUUUGGAGAUGACUUCGGUGGUGAAAGACUGCAGGGCAAGUUGGGAGUACUGUAUCUCUACUUCACCUGCACCUUCACUUUCAGCUCAUCUUUUGCCGAAUUUCUCCACCGACUGACCAGUAUCUACUCCUGAUGGUUUGCACCUAUCUUCGUCAGCUUUGUGUUUCCAACCUCUCAACAAUUUCAUGCCGAUCUUACAGCCUGGGUCUGAGUCCACACCCUCUCGGGCCGGCGGCGACACCGCUACAGAGCACAUCACUUGAAUAAUUUCUCACCAGACCAGCCGAGCAAAUCACCAAGAUGCUUCCUGAAUACCUUACCACGAGCUAUCGCCGAUGUAAGCAAGACGCUGAUUACCUUGCAACCUGGCUUGCGACGACUGCGAAACAAUGCGGCCAUGUCAUCAAUUCACGUCAGGCUGCACCUCCUUCAACGGAAAAGUCUCAAAAGCUGAAGGGGCGGGCAAGAACACUGGCAAGACGUGCCGCACGAGAAUAUGGGGGCUCUACCACCACUGUCGGUCAAAACGAUGGCAUGAAGAAGCAGACAUACACAGUGGCGAUCAAGGAAUUUGUACCUAUGGCACGCCGCGUCGCCGUAUGUGUGAAACCGGUCAUCAAGAAUCCUAGGCGAUUCGCCAAUGUGCUGGAGCGAGCUAUAUCUUUGCGGAAACGGAUUAGCGCAGCCGUCAUUGAUGGACAAACCCCAGCAAUACCACGAAACGCCGACGACCAGUGCUCUGACUUGCAGCACUCUUACUUUAUCAACAUUCUGGAGCAAGUGCGAGACAUACUGGGAAUCGGUGUGCCUGUACGUUCGGAGACCGAUGCAAUGGGCCAAGGCUCCUGCAAUACCGACAGCAAGCCUGAGAUUGACUUUGUGAAUCUAUUCGAGUGUCUCGAUAUCGAGGAACCUGCCGAAGAGCUUGAGAAUCAAGAUAAAGCACCUGCAGGUAGAACAAAACAGCCUCCACAAGAGCUGAGUGUUUUGUACACGACGGAGACGGUCUCAGACUGCUAUGAGUCCUUCUUCGCCUUCGCUUGUCUACUCCGCGACUUGAAGCAGAUGAGAGAUACCGUCAACCAAACCUGGAUCGGCUUCAAGACUCACAAGUAUGACGUCGUCACAGCGGCUUUGACAGCUAAUGCUGCAAUGGAGCUGGCGCGUCGCUUGGAAGAGGAUAUGGAUGAGUUUUCUGCAAAUGGUGGCCCUGGUUUCUUCCUGGAGGCUUUCCACUGUGCUGGUUGGGCUCAGCUUCGGGCGCUCUCAAUAGCGUCGUGUCUAUCCGGCGAAGAGGUUGAAGCUGCAGGUUGCAGAUUGGGUACGGACCUGUUCUGGUCAACAUACGAGCGGCUGCAAUGGUAUGUCGGCACGAUCGCGGAGAAUUCAGUCGCCGACCGAAAGAAGACGAUAGUUUAUACUUCUCCUGGCCAGCAUGGUAGAUAUGAACCUCUACGCGACCGCUCGAAAAUGUCACUCGGCGAAAGAGUCCAAGAAGAUCACUUUCUGCUUGGGGAUAUUUUCCCAGAUCUCAGCAUAUGGGCGCUUUUGAGGCGAGAGAUGGACAUUCCUGGCGAUGAUGAAUUCACCCGCGGGUUCUGCCAAGUGUGCGAGACUGGUGAAGUCCCACUCUGGUUCGUCUUUGCUUCUCAGAUCUUCCUAGAUGUCCAUCACAUUCUUCGUGAGAAGGUCGAACUAGGAUACGAGAUUCUCAUAGUUGUGGGCGGACAGAUUGGAAAGUCCAUCAUCGACAAUUUCAAAUACCAGGAAGAGGUCUUGCAGCAGAAACUUCCGACCGACAUCGAUAGGGGAUUCACCGCAUUGCUGAAAUUCGUCGAGACGCUUGGUCGACUUGAUCCUAUCGAGGACUUUCACGCCCGGUGUGUUGAGCAUAUGCCACAGCUCUCGCGUCUCAACGUGGAGAAGAAUCAUAUGCUAAAGAUACAUCCAAUACUGUGUGGCUUGAAGGUAUUCACUCUGAGAGCACAAUAUCGCGAAUUUUCUCUUCAACUGGCCAAUUCUCAGCCGCAUAUACUUGCCUGCGCACACCUCCACAAUGCAUUGUACCGUGAAGGUCUUGUGUAUGACCAGUGGAAGGACAUUAUCUUUUUCAUGACCUCGCAAGACAGGGACUGCCUCUUUGCUGGAAGUCCUCCAACAGAAGCAAUCGAUUACCACAGUCGCUACAGUCUUGCUGUCUCAGGCCAUUCUGCGUCGAAUUAUGCAAGAAAUAGGAGAAGACCUGACAAUGUUGUCAUGUCGGCAACAGGUCACCGGAAGAUACAAUCUCAAAUUCCGAUACUCGACAUGUUCAUCAACCGGUAUUGCGAGGACAAAUACACGAAUCUGGCCCCACAGGACGUCAUACAGAUCUUGGGAGCAAGCAGGUGGGCUUCGACAGUUUUGACCAAGGAGCAGGCUGAAAACUGGCCUUCGGCACCGCUUGCCAGGGGUCGCAAUAUGGAAGUUCACAUGCUGGUACCAAAGUCGGGCCAGAACCCAUUUGAGCAUCAGUCUCCCCUGGACCAGAAGUCGAGUGUCUCUGAGCUUCUGCGCACCCUACGUGGCUCACUUCAUUCAGAGAAUGUGUCCAUGUCGUUCGAUUACUUGCAAAUGCACCACCAUUCGACACAGCUGUUGCAGGCCAUUAGUGAUGAGACUCGAGAUGUUGUGCGGGACUCACUUGGUCAGACAUUCACAGGUCGUAGAGCUCCUUUGGAGUUGGUGGCAUCCAUUCUGGCCUGCACAUCUGCAACGAGUCGAGGUGCUCGCAACGUUGGCCUCCCAGACUCAAUGGUAGACUACCGUGCUAUUGCUAGGCAGUUGCUUAUCUCUGCGGCACAGCAGGUGAAGAACCUGACAGGAGAGACUGUUGAGACUGUUAUAGGAGCAAAGCACAAGCGCGGUGAAGCGGUCAUGGCCUUUAUGAAAUUUAUCAACCGGAUUGACUACAUCGUUGAUUCAGAGGAUCCUUGGUUUACAGGCGUAGUGAAGGUUUGAUUGUGCUGCAGCGGAUCUUGACGGCGGUCGUCUACGGCAGCUAUUGGUCCGGAGGAGUGCUGAACAGAAACUUGGUCGCAAGACCAUGGAACUCAGCCAGGCAGGAUUGGAUAUCACUGGAUCAGUGAGAAGUUGCACUCGGUUCACAGAACGUAGAUAAGGGGGCAUGCUGAGUGGCAUGC